CCCGCGCCCAGCCCUAGCCUCGGCCCCGGACCCGAAUGUUUCACAGCCAAUGGUGCAGAUUAUAGGGGAACGCAGAACUGGACGGCACUGCAAGGCGGGAAGCCAUGUCUGUUCUGGAACGAGACUUUCCAGCAUCCAUACAACACUCUGAAGUACCCCAACGGGGAGGGAGGCCUGGGCGAGCAUAACUAUUGCAGAAACCCAGAUGGAGAUGUAAGCCCCUGGUGUUACGUGGCAGAGCACGAAGACGGUGUCUACUGGAAGUACUGCGAGAUACCUGCUUGCCAGAUGCCUGGAAACCUCGGCUGCUAUAAGGAUCAUGGAAACCCACCUCCUCUAACUGGCACCAGUAAAACAUCUAACAAACUUACCAUACAAACCUGCAUCAGUUUUUGUCGGAGUCAGAGGUUCAAGUUUGCUGGGAUGGAGUCAGGCUAUGCUUGCUUUUGUGGAAACAAUCCUGAUUACUGGAAGUACGGGGAGGCAGCCAGUACUGAGUGCAACAGCGUCUGCUUCGGGGAUCACACCCAGCCCUGUGGUGGCGAUGGCAGGAUCAUCCUCUUUGACACUCUCAUUGGUGCCUGCGGUGGGAAUUAUUCAGCCAUGACUUCUGUGGUCUAUUCCCCUGACUUUCCUGACACCUACGCCACAGGGAGGGUCUGCUACUGGACCAUUCGGAUUCCAGGAGCCUCCCAUAUCCACUUCAACUUCACCUUAUUUGACAUCAGGGAUUCCGCAGACAUGGUGGAGCUGCUGGACGGCUACACCCACCGCGUCCUGGUCCGUUUCAAUGGAAGGAACCACCCACCUUUGUCAUUUAACGUCUCUCUGGAUUUUGUCAUUCUGUAUUUCUUCUCUGAUCGCAUCAAUCAAGCCCAGGGAUUCGCUGUCUUAUACCAAGCCGUCAAGGAAGAACCGCCACAGGAGAGGCCCACUGCCAACCAGACACUGGCCGAGGUGAUCACAGAGCAGGCCAACCUCAGCGUCAGUGCUGCCCGGUCCUCCAAAGUCCUCUACGUCAUCACCACCAGCCCCAGCCACCCACCCCAGACCGUCCCAGGAUGGACAGUGUAUGGCCUGGCAACUCUCCUCAUCCUCACAGUCACAGCCAUUGUAGCAAAGAUACUUCUGCACGUCACAUUCAAAUCCCAUCGCGUUCCUGCUUCAGGGGACCCUAGGGAUUGUCGUCAACCAGGGACAUCAGGGGAAAUCUGGAGCAUUUUUUAUAAGCCUUCUACUUCAAUUUCCAUCUUUAAGAAGAAGUUGAAGGGUCAGAGUCAACAAGAUGACCGUAAUCCUCUUGUGAGUGACUAAAAGCUACCCCCUGUGCCCAGGACAUGAGGUUCCUCUGAGCUCAAGGCCACAAGAGACCACCUCUCCCGUGGUUUCCUCUGACCAUCUUUCCCCUGCCUCUCCGUCAGCCUCUUCAGGGGCACCACCUCUGGCCUGGGAACAGGUGCCCCGCUGCAGGGGCAGGCAUAGCCUGGAUUCGUCCUGCUUCAUCAGCUGCACUUAGGAGAGAGACUCAAGUUUCCUACAUCUGUCUCUCUCUCUGUGAUCUAGGAAAGAGGAUAUCAAGACGGCGGGGCUGAGAUGAUAGAGUUGGUUGUGUCCCAGCACUGGGUUCAGGUACAUUCUAGACGACGUCAGGUGGUGGGUAGGUGUAGUGUAUAUCAAGUCUUACUUCCUUCUUCUCUGUUUUGUCCACACACAGAUCACUUUCUCCUGGUCUUUAUGGUUUGUAACAGAGCCAGACAGGGAUAAUUCUGAGGUUCUCUUGAGGGUUGGCCUGGUCCUGUACUCCUGGACAUUAGCACCCCCAAAGUCCUAAAGAGGGCCUAUGACCUGUGCUGACUCUGGAGCUUUGCUCCCUGGAUGCUGGAUGAGGAUGAUCCCCUCCCAGCUGGGAGGGUCUGAGACUUGGGAAUGGUGAUCCCCAUUCACGUCAAACCUGACACUUUCCACAUACAGGCUUCUUUCUAUGGCUUCUUUCCAUAGCUUGGUAACCAGCAGAGCACGCUUGAGAAGCGGUCAUAUAAAAUAUCCAUUCAGUUAUACACGUAACCGAUGUUACCGAAAGCUUUUAUAGGUGCUCAGUGACUCCUUGUUGGAUUGGAUUUGUCUGGCCUUGUCCCCAGCUUGUGGUCCUGUGGAAACUGAGGCUGGCCUGUAUCUCUUCUUGAUUCUCUAAGCUGACUCUCAGUUCAGAACAGGGAAUAUAAAUAUCGUGGUGUAGCAUUUAGGCAGCGUUAUGUGAAACAGGGUGCCAGCAGUCUCUCCUAUAGGUGUCCUUCAUUUUUAAAGAAGAUCAAGAACACCCCACAGCUUGUGUUCUCUGCAGCCCUCUCUGCGCCUUCUUAUGACAAAAGAGUGGGGGUCAGAAUGGCUUGGUAGGGGAAGAGAGGGCUCUUGUGGAGAGGGUUCUCGUCCCUGAUCCCACACUACCCUGCCCCUCAGGUGGGAGGUGAAUCUCGGAGAUGGCGUGAGGAGUGAGAGGGAGGGUUUGGGAACAGGAGACCUGCAAGUGCAGUAGCCACUGGUUGUGAGAGUCAUUGCCAUCACCAGUUUGGAAUUCCCCACCAUCCACAAGCGGGCUUUGUCAAAAGCAUCUGAGAAGAGCAGACUGUGCCCCUGAAGCCCAGGCCGAGCCUUUGGCAGAACAUGACUCUCCCAAAGGCACUUGGGCCUGGGCCUUGCUGUGCCUCUGGCCUCACAGGUUCCCUCUUUGAGCACUUUUCUUCCCUCCCCCAAAUCCCUAAGUCACUGCCACCCAUGAUCCUUCCUGGGGUUCUGCCAUACUGGCAACCCGUCUGUAACUGGCCAUUCCCCAAAAGACAGGGCUAUGUGGGGCCAGCUAGGAGGUGUCUACAGGGAGAGGUGACAUUCAGCUACAGGAGAGAUGCUAGGAGCUGGCAGGCAGAGGGGCAUUCAGAGGAGGGAUAUGGGGCAGUGUCUCCAUAAAAGGCGCUGCCGUAGGCACCAUGUGAGGCCUGCCACAGGCAUGGAGCUGCUUGGUGCUGUCCUCACUCUUUGAUCUGGAAAGGGUGAUUACCCUGGAGCAGCUGUCCACAGGCCCCUGGGUCUGCAGACAGAGGUCUGUCCCAUAUAAUGACCACUGGAAAUACACCGACACGUGCAGUCUCCCCUCCAAGCUAUUCCUGGCGUUUGCAGAAUCUCCUCUUGAACACAAGUGUCAGGUGUGUACACUCACAGAGGGCCUUGUGCUGUGAAUAGAUCCAUCUGCAGCACAAAGGGAAUGUGGAAUUUGGCGAAGGGUCCACCCAGCCAAGGGGCAGUCGUUCAGCUGCCUGGGGCUUACUCUGGUCACUGGCCUUUGGGUUAUCCUGUGGGCCCACCCACCAGCCUUGCUUACCUCACACCUCUGGUCCCAGGGCCCAAGCCCCAAGCCACUGUGCUGUCUGAGCUGCAGCUGCAUCAGCCGUUUCUCAGAAAUCCUGGAAAUGCUGGUGGCACCAUAGUGCUCUCCUUCUGGCUGGUCCUGGAACUGCCUGGUGCCGCCAGGAUCAACUUGCUGUCCAGGGAGGGACCACAGGAAACCCAAACCAGCCU